UCAAAACGCCGCCCACGGAUAAUCGAAUAUGCAAGUAAAAUCGAGUUAAAACACUUUUUCAAAAACAAUCUUUUCUGAUAGGACGUGUUUCAUCACUAAAUGAGAAUAAUAAGGGAAUUUGUACUUGUAUUAUUAUACAGCACCACCAUUAUAAUAAAAGUCCAGCUAUUAUUUUGGAAUUAAAAUUAAUCAUUUUACCCACCAUCGAAAAUUCGAAAGACAUACUGCCCGGUGAUAAAUCGACUACUAUUCUUUUUGCUUUUCAUUCUACGAACUGUCAUAUAGCGUCUAUCGAUGUUUACAAAUGUUGUUUAUUCUACAUGAAAACAGGGAAAGCAGUUUGAUAGUACCAGAUACAAUCGACUCGGAAAAUUUGCAGGAACUCGUUAUCACGCAGAGCAAAAAUGGAGCGGCAGAGCGAUGAAAGUGGAACUGCUUCUCAAAAUAAGCUGGUGAAGCCAAGCCAUCCGGACGAAAUCGAGUACGACAGUGAGGAUGUAAUGAUUGAGUUUAUCAAAGUGGAAUGUGGCAGGAAUGCCGAUACAGACCCAUUCAUUAGUAAUAUUGACAUUCAAGACAGUGAGAUAUUGGAUGAGCAAGUGCUUCAGAAAGUGAAAGAGCCUACAAAGAAGCAUAAACCAUUUCAUAAAACAAAACUCAAUACGCUGAGAAGAUAUGGUACAGUACAAGCAGCAAGGGAUCCAUCGAUACCGCCAGCAUUAAAAACAAAACCAAUAACACAAGAACCGCCAACCACUUUCAUCGAAGCAGCAACAGCAAACCAAUCAGCUACAAGUUUACUCGUAAGGACGGAACAAAGGCUUAACAAUCUAGAAACUAGCCUGUUAGAAAUUAAUGGUAAAUUAGAUUUACUUGGUGAUCAAUUUCAAUCGAUAUUGGAAAGCAUAACUGCACUACCGAAACAGAAACGUACAUGUAUUGAUAUAGGUUUUGAAAAAAUCGACAGUUUAGAACGAUUGGAAGCGUUUAACGAAGAUCUUUCCCAACCGGAAUAUGAAGAAAAGAUGAUGCAGUGGCUGGAGGGAAAUAUAGUUGAGGAAAGAAGCGAUUACCGUAUGACCGAUGCAAUGGAUAUGUUAUUUACACGCAAGUUUUUAACUCUAUGCAGCUGGACCGGAAUCGGUAAGGGCACGCAAAAGAUAGCAAUGAUGCAAAUGACUAACGUCACGAAAUUGUUCCAACGCAUAGGAACGACAUUAACUGUCGUAGUUAACCAGAAACGUGUUGCCUUCUUUUUCAUGAAAAAGCUGAAAAAUGCUUAUAAGCGAGCACUGGCUAAAGGUGUUCGAAGCCCGUGAAGUUUCAUCCUCUUGUUUGGGAUGUUAAUUAUUAGAAUUAUGUUCAGGAAUUUUUUUUUCACAGAAACAGGUCAAUCUAUUAAAGAAACCGCUGUUAGUCGCACCUGUCAACCAGUGUCAGUCAGUAAAGAUGAAUACGGAAUUAGUAUGACUUACAAUAACAUGUUUUGAGCAAAAUUAUCCUAAAAUCGUAUGUAGUUUUUCCAUACAGGUAACCCAACGAUCGUUAGAAAUCAUUCAUCCAUAUUUUAGUUUAUCAUCAUGUGUUAGAGAGAAACUGUCUAUACUCAUUUGAUCACAGUUUAUGGUUUGCUUUAUUAAUACAUCAACACCAUCAUGUAUAUGGAUCAUCCGAGUCCUCCCGUUCUUCUUCGUUGGAGUAUUUUUCAUCGAUAACAACAGUAGAAGAUAAAUAACCUAUGGGAUCUUUCUCUGCAUUUGGCAAUUUUUGUAACUCAUUCAAACAAUUAAGUAGUAUCGCUUCAAUUUGGUUAAAAUCACUCGCACACUUUUUAGAUAAUACAACACUCAAAUGAUUUAGCAAUCCACUGUACGGCGAAGCUUCAGUUUGGGCUAUUUUGUCAGUAAUUUUUGAUAAAUUUUCAAAUGUUCUUAUAAUAAACGGUUGUAUUUUACUGCUACUAGAAGUAGCUGGCAUUCUCCGCAUGACUUUUGGCGAAGAACUUAAAGUGGAUUCCAUGUAACGUCGCUUGCAAACGCGUGUGCUAGGUUUAACAACCGAUGGGUGGGACACUGAGUUGGGUACGAUCCGUUUUACGGUUAUUGGUGUGGACAAGCGUUGGCUGACUGCAACCGGAGAUUGCAUGUGUUGUUUUACUGCGAUCUUUGUGGGCACAGGUUGUUUUAUCGUUACUGUAUGGGGUUGUUUUACUACCGGCUAAAAUAAAAUAAAUGGUUUGUAGAACGUACUAAAAUAGAA